AUCUGACUGCGUUGCGGAAGCAUGCACGUAGCCAGCAAGGCUAAAUCGUCAGGCGUAUCAAUCCAAGCUGCAGUACAUGGCCUAAUCCAGCCAGAUUCUGGCAGAUGACAAGUACUGAGCAGAGUCCGGCGCCGGCGAGUGCUGUUGAGCUGCAGCGGGGCGUGAGUCUGUCCAAACAGAGAGAGACAGGUCAUCAAGGCUAUACGGUGGACACUGGUGGUGUUGCAGCCUGUGCAACAUGAAGAUAUGUUGUUUUGGGCAUCACGCAUCACGCAGCACACGCAUCAGCCUCUUCCACCCUCCUAUUUUUUGCUAGCUUCCGGACCCACCGCCCUUGCUAUGGACGGCCACCAAAAAAAACACCCCCCUCUAAGGUCGACAGAAAGUAACAAAGCAACAGUAGCAGCAGUAGCAGCACAGCCCGUAGUCGAGCGUCGAGGCGACAAGUCACAUCACAAGGUUCCGCAGAGCAGCAGGCGAAACGCGACAACGGCAGCGAAUGAAAGUGGAGCGCAUCGUUGGAUGUUUGGGGGAGUGAAGGGAGGAGAUGUUUACGAUUUAGGAAGAAUAAGAAUAAUUAAUUAUGGAACACAGACGCGAAGUAGUAAGUACCAGUCAUCACGGGAAGAGCGUUACCCAAGACAUGGGCUAUACAGGGGUCAGGGAAUUGGCUUGACCCCCCCCCUCCCCUGGUUCCCUGGUCCCCCUCCCCUGGUAUGCUCUGGGCUCACGAGGCUAUGACGUUGGAUUGGUGAUAUUCUAAUUUCUGAAACGAGCAAAAAUUCAGCAGGGAUAAUACGGCUAGUCUGCCGCGACAAGUGACUGACUGACU